GAGAAACAGGAAGGGAGGAGGGGGAGAGAGACUCUGGGCUGCCGCUGCUGCUGCGUGGCAGUUUCUUUACACUCCCUGGCAGCUUGGAGCCGGCUCCCUCGCCGGCCUGGGAAAGUGGGUUACACAGGGAAGGAGCUCAGCUCCGACGCUGGCACAAGAGCAUCCAGUCACAGAGAGACCAGGGAAGCACCUCUGCCUUUGGCAGUCCUCUCUUCAUCCUUUCUAGAGGGUUUUGCAUUUGUACUCUCUGUUGAAAUUUUGUUCCUCGGACUUUCCUCCUCACCCCUGCUAGUGUUUUAUGAGGGCUUUGUUAAGACUUAGAGGGAAAAGAGACUGAGGUGGGGUGAAGAGAGUGGCAAAGUGGAAGGGGCCACAGACUGGAGAAGCCCGACCUGCCUUGGCGGUUGAUGACAGCCCGGUGUUAGUAAAGCCCCUCUCCACGGCGAGCAGCGCGCACACCCCUCGGAGCACCCCGCGGACCCGCACCUCGCCUUGGCCACGAUGGUCGGGAGAGUUCAGCCCGAUCGGAAACAGUUGCCGCUGGUCCUACUGAGAUUGCUCUGCCUUCUUCCCACAGGACUGCCGGUUCGCAGCGUGGAUUUUAACCGAGGCACGGACAACAUCACCGUGAGGCAGGGGGACACGGCCAUCCUCAGAUGUGUUGUAGAAGACAAGAAUUCGAAGGUGGCCUGGUUGAACCGUUCUGGUAUCAUUUUUGCUGGACAUGACAAGUGGUCUCUGGAUCCCCGGGUUGAGCUGGAGAAACGCCACUCUCUGGAAUACAGUCUCCGCAUCCAGAAGGUGGAUGUCUACGAUGAGGGUUCCUACACAUGCUCCGUACAGACACAGCAUGAGCCCAAGACCUCCCAAGUUUACUUGAUUGUGCAAGUUCCACCAAAGAUCUCCAACAUCUCCUCGGAUGUCACUGUGAACGAGGGCAGCAAUGUGACCCUGGUCUGUAUGGCCAAUGGCCGCCCUGAACCUGUUAUCACCUGGAGACACCUUACACCGACCGGAAGAGAAUUUGAAGGAGAAGAAGAAUAUCUGGAGAUCCUUGGCAUCACCAGGGAGCAGUCAGGCAAAUAUGAGUGCAAAGCCGCCAAUGAGGUCUCCUCAGCGGAUGUCAAACAAGUCAAGGUCACUGUGAACUAUCCUCCCACUAUCACAGAGUCCAAGAGCAACGAAGCCACCACAGGCCGACAAGCUUCACUCAAAUGUGAGGCCUCUGCGGUGCCAGCGCCUGACUUUGAAUGGUACCGGGAUGACACCAGGAUAAACAGUGCCAAUGGCCUUGAAAUCAAGAGCACGGAGGGCCAGUCCUCCCUGACUGUGACCAACGUCACUGAGGAGCAUUAUGGCAACUAUACCUGCGUGGCUGCCAACAAGCUGGGGGUCACCAAUGCCAGCCUAGUCCUUUUCAAGCGUGUUUUACCCACAAUUCCCCACCCCAUUCAAGAAAUUGGCACCACCGUGCACUUCAAGCAAAAAGGACCUGGAUCGGUGAGAGGAAUAAAUGGAUCCAUCAGUCUGGCCGUACCACUGUGGCUGCUGGCAGCGUCUCUGCUCUGCCUUCUCAGCAAAUGUUAAUAGAAUAAAAAUUUAAAAAUAAUUUAAAAAACACACAAAAAUGCGUCACACAGGAUACAGAGAGAGAGAGAGAGAGAGAGAGCGAGAUGGGGGGAGACCGUUUAUUUCACAACUUUGUGUGUUUAUAAAUGAAGGGGGAAAUAUGAAAAUGAAGCUGCAAAUACAACAUUGAAAACAAUUUUGAAGUCCAUCAAUAAAAAUUUGGUAUAAUCAGGGUGGGAAAAGCUCUACCAGGAUGUGUGUAUAUCUGCUAAGGAAAUGAAUGCCGUGCUAAGAACAUCCAGAUGUUGUAAAAACAGGACGAGUAAAGAAGUACCAGAUGGAUACUGACUUCCCCACGCACACUUAUCCUUCCUUCCUUCAUCCUUCGUCAUCUAUGGGGAAAAAAAUAAGGUCUUGCCUUUGGUGUUAUACUUCCAUAAUCUUUCUAUUGUGUUUUCCAUUCAAGCCAAACUGUAGUCAUCUCAGACUCUCCAUGGACUCUUGCGUUGAGCCUUUUAUCAGACUCUCUUGCCUCCACUCUCUCUCCGACUUUUGAGAUCAUUCCCUCUCCCUCCAGUGUGUUCUAUCUCCCACGCUCAUUCCAAAUAGUCCCUUUUUGCCCACCCACCCCCAACUCUUCACCCCCUCCAACCCCCAGAGCACCAGUCAUGCCGCAAAUGCUAGGAAGUGCCAUUUUAAUUUUCUCCACUGUGUGCGUGUGCUCAAGUCUCUCCCUCUCACGUGGGUGUACAUGUGUGUGAGCGUGUGUGUGUCUCUCUCUAAAGCAUGCCAAGGGAAUGGUCCAUGUGUACAUAGACUCAUCGUGCUGUAGAUACUGUCCUGCAUUGUAAUUGUAAGAUGCGGCUAUAACCAGUUGCUGGGGGAGAUGGCGGGGAGGGAGGCAAGGAGCAGAGGCCCUCCCCGUCCAUUCCUGUCACAUGACAUCAGUGUGUAUUCAAACCAAGUUGUGCCCCUUCCAAGGGCAGGACCCCAUAUUCCUCUCAGUCCCAUCAUCAGAACCUAGUCAGGAGUCACUCAGAAUAUCACUGUAAAUGAAAGUGCCUACCAUUGAUGGGGUCAGCAAACAGUAGAAAAAAUUAGUGAUGGGGAUGAAAUGGCCUAGAAGAGAAGGUUUCUGAUUUCACUUUUAUUUCAUGAGUCGGAGGGAUUCAUAUGUUUUCUGGUGUUUAAUAGACUGGGCCCUGCUCUGCUGCAGGACUGAGCAACAUGUAUUAAGCAGAUCCCCAGGAAACAGAAAGGUCUCAAGUGUUAUCUCCUAUCUGGAGAAUGAUGAGCCACGUGGAGAUCCUAAACAAACCUAUUUUGCCUCCUCCCUAACCUUCAAAUAACACUGCAUUUGCCCCAUGAAACCCCCUGAGCAGAGAUUGUUUCCUCUUUCAGAUGAAUACAGUGAGAGUGAGCAAAACAGGCAAAGUAGACAGAAGCCCAAGUCCCAUCCUGUGUUCUGAAGAUACUGUCAGAGCACUAAGAAAAAGCACUGGCUAAACCAAAAGGAAAAUUGCUCCCUGUGCUCCUUUACAGAUUUUCAUUCUGGUGUUCUUGGCUGAUUCUAGGUUUGGC